AAGAUUGAUUAAUAAGAGAGGUGGCAGCUCCUUGUUUUGUUUUUCUUUAUUGUCUACGGUUUUUGAAUUGGAUAGUUUUUGUAAUAAUAAUUAGGGAAUCCAAGUAAAAGUGCUGAAUUUUUUGGUCCUGCUAUUGUGUUUUCAUAAUAAUGAUAUGUAAUGGUGAAUUACUAAGAUUGGGCAGUAAAAUUGUGAAAAAACUACAACCAUGAAAGUUGAUACAAGUAAAAUGAAAAAGAGUUCGUCAGAACUUACGCCAGAAUGCAGAUUGCUCAUAGAUCAAUUAACUAAAUGUCGCAGUAAAGUUGAUAUUUCCCGGUUUCUUGAGACAGUAACAGUUUGGACAUAUGGAAAGUGUGAACUAUACCACUGGACUCAUAUUUUGGAUCGUUUUGACAAAAUUUUAGAGGAAGGUGCAAGGCAGGUGGAUGAUAAUGAGUUCAUGUUAUAUUGCGAUCUAAAAUUUUCCAAAGAGGAUGUUCGGCUGUUACUUCUCGUUUUGAAUUUUACUACUUUAUUGAUUGAACACUCCUUUUCAAGACAUCUUUAUAAUUCGGUAGAACAUUUGACCCAAUUGCUGUCUUCUCAGAAUAUGGAUAUUGUAUUGGCAGUUCUGAAUUUGCUGUACAUGUUCUCUAAAAGAAGUAAUUUCAUACCGCGGUUAUCACUGGAAAAGAAGGAUAUGCUUUUGACGAAACUUUAUAAUAUUGCUGAGCGCUGGGGGGACCCAAAUUAUGGUUUGGCUUUAAUUGAUUGUUGCAUUAGAAAACCUAAACUGGAGUUUUUAUAUCAACUUUCAAUUGAAUACUCAGAUGAAAAUGGUCAAGUAGUUUUACUGGAGAUACCUGAUAUGGUGAAUACAUGCAAGGGCUUACCCAUCUCAGAAGUGGUGAAAGCGAUCUGUGGUCAUAUGAAAAACCCAUCGGAGACAGUUAAGAUGCGAAUUGCACAUAGGAUUCGUCUUGUAUCUGGUUUUAAAGAUCAAAAGUUACGUCUCCAGUUUGUUCAAGCUCGUCUUCAAGCAAUAUCGGUACUGAUUUACUCUAAUGCUUUACAAGACAAUGUUGAGAGAAUUCUAUAUUCCGGCUUUGGUGAAGAACUGUGCGAAUUAAUAGAUAAAGAAGAUGUAUACUUAGUUGAAAUUCGUGCUGCCGUUCUAAGAACAUUAACGUCUAUGUUGCACUUCGACCGAAAUCCUAAUGUACCAAGACCAGGUUCUAGGCUGGCAAAAAUAAUACAAUAUACAGGAGCAGAACGUCAAGGAGGCAUUUUACCACUUUUAGUCCGCGAUUGUAUAAUAAGCUUGACGAACGAAGGAAUUUGCGAAAAAUAUCCAUUGGUUCUGGCAACAUCAUUGUUUAGUCUACUUUAUCAUUUAGCCAGUUAUGAAGCAGGUGGUCAUGCUUUAGUGAAAAGUGGUAUGAUGAAAUCUUUGCUACAAGUAAUUAAUUGGCCCGGAGUCGAUUUAGAACACAUAACCUUUGUUACACGAGCUGUUCGGGUCAUUGAUUUAAUUACCAAUAUCGACAUCAGCAAAUUUCAUCAAUGUAAUGGCCUUAAUAUAUUUAUUGACCGCAUGGAAAAAGAAAUUAAUUGCUGCAGAGAUGCUUUAGAUAAUUUGGAAAUAAAAGUGGAAUCUAUAGACGAUAUGGAGCAAAUUUCAAAUGAUCAGGGAAAUGGGGAUAAUGCACCACCAGAAACGUUCGAAGAUAAUGAAGCUUAUGUUGGAAGGAGUGAACUUCAACGAGACACCAGAAAGUAUAGUAGACUCUUGAAUGAAAAGUCGGCGUCACAAUCACCGGUAACUGAGCAAGACGGAAAAAAAAUGGCAUGUGUUACUCAAAGAGCAGCCUUAUUGAAAUCUAUGCUUAACUUUCUUAAAAAAUCGAUUCAAGACCAUGCUCAUUUUAAUGGUAUGCGAAAUAUAAUGGAAAGUUCCUUGCCAAAAUCUUUACAGCACAUAAUAUCAAAUGCUGAGUAUUACGGGCCGUCAUUAUUUUUGUUAGCUACAGAUGUUGUUACGGUUUAUGUUUUCAAUGAACCAUCUUUAUUGUCAUCUUUACAAGAAACGGGUCUCACAAAUAUAAUCCUUCGUUCGUUGUUACAAAAAGAAGUACCAGCCACAAGGGAAAUAUUGGGUUCUUUACCGAAUAUAUUUUCAGCCCUUUGCCUAAAUGAACGUGGCCUAAUGGAAUUCAUGUCUUAUGAUCCAUUUGAUAAAUUCCUGAGGGUAUUGUUGUCGCCAGAUUAUUUAGUAGCUAUGCGAAGGCGCCGGUCUUCAGACCCAUUAGGUGACACUUCUACGAAUUUAGGUAAUGCCAUGGAUGACCUCAUGAAGCAUCAUCCCUAUUUACGUACAGACGCAAUAGAAGCCAUCGUACGAUUACUUCAUGAUUUAGUUCGAUUUGGAUCUGAUGCGAAAUAUGUUUGCUGGAGAGCGCAUAAGGAUAAUAGCUCUUCUAUUGCCAAUACGAUCAACCCAACUAAUCAACAAACUCCUAGUAAUGAGAACACCCUGGAAUUAAGGUGCAACGAAAAUGAUAGCAGUGGGGAAGACGAUGAAGAUGAUGAUGAAAUGUCUUCUGCGUCACAGCAACAGCAACACAGACAAAAUAGAAAUAUAGAACAACAGGUGCAAAUCCGAUUAAAUCAUGAACGGGAAGCUAUUCCUUUAAUCGACUACAUAUUAAAUGUUAUGAAAUUUAUUGAUGCGAUAUUCAGCAAUAGCUCAAACGGAGAUCAUUGUAGAGAGUUCGUAAUGCAUGGCGGUUUACAACCACUACUACGUUUGCUGUCAUUGCCAAACUUACCAAUUGAUUCACCUGUAUCUACUACAGCACAAGCAGUUGCUAAUGUGUGUAAAUCUAUUUUGAAUUUAGCACAUGAGACUACAGUAAUAGAUAUAGCACUCGAAGAAUUAUCAAAAAUAACAAACAAUUUGCAACCGCUUAUAUCGAAUUUUAAUUUUCCCGGAGAAAGUAUACUUUUGCGUGAGUUAAUGGCAUGUCCCAAAUUAGAUGAUGGCUUUUCUACAGCUGAUUACACACCACUCUUACACAAUAUGAGCUCAGUUCAUGGAUAUGUGGUUCUUCUAGUUCAUUUAUGUCGGAACGCUUCGAGUGAAAUGCGGCUAACUCUACUAAGUCGUUGGGGUAACAAUUCAGGCACUGGCUUACAACUCUUGCAAAGUUUAGUCCGUCUUUAUAUUUCUUUGGUGUGGGAGAGUACCAUUUUGUUAAGCCUGUGCUCCGAUGAAAUAAAUGAAACUGGAUUAUAUGACACAUCUAUUCCCGAGCCAACAGUGGGUGCUGACAAGGACGAUUUGGCAAUGAAGAAAUUAAGUUCCAUUAAGUUUAAAAUAAAAGCAGAUGAUCAACUGCGUUAUAUAAAGUCAUUGUUGGCAGCUUCUUCUCGGCUAGGACGUGCAUUAGCCGAACUUUUUGGAACCUUAGUAAAACUUUCCGUUGGUACACCUCAAGCUCGGCAACGGCGGAACAAUGACUAUUCAACAAAUACUGUAAACAGUAAGAUUCCAACAGCGGACGCUAAAGAAAUUGCUCGAGUUCUGAGCUCAAUUCUAGUAAAUGGCUUCAGCCAUGAAAAUAAUGUAACAAAACCUGCACCAAAGUUAAAACUUACAUUUCUUAUAUGUUCUGUGGGAUUUACUGGUCCGAUGCUUUUUGAUGACAAACGAAGCUGUUUCCACUUAAUGAUCUCUCAAUUCUGUGAAGAAAAUGGCUUGGGGGCAUUUUUUGAUAUGUUCUAUUGGGCUUUAUCUCUAGAUAAUAGUUCGAAUACUUUUGGAUUUGAGAAUUGUUUGUUAUUAAAUAAUAUUUUACAAAAUAUUCCGAGUGAUACCAACGAAUACCCUGCAGGCACCGGAGAAUUUAUAGAUGCCUGGCUACAGUUGCUUGAAAAAAUGGUAAAUCCCAGGGGAAUUCUUGAUUCACCGUAUGCUUUGUCGACAAAAGGUAGUCAUAGUUCAGAUACUAUUGACUUCGAACCAAUAUUUUACUUAAUCCAAAUGCAUCAACUUGCUAUGCAUGUUGUGAGGCGCAUUUGGAAACGUAAACCUAUUCCUAAUUAUGGAGUAUCUAUAACGGAAACUAUUAUGGCUAUAUUGAAGCAUAUUAUAAAAUCACACAAUAUGAUAUCGAACCGUUAUAAAGCACGUUUAGAUGAGAUUCAAAACGCGGAUAAACUACUUAAACAACGGAAGAAAACUGAAAAGUCUUCAGAAGAAGGAUUUUUAAAUGCUAACCAUUUCAAAGUAUUGACCGACAUGGGAUUUGGCCCACAACACGUUAUGGAUGCCCUAAGAAAUACGCGUUCACUUGAACAAGCAACAGAGUUCCUGUUGAAUCAUCCAGAAGCAACAACUACUGAAAUUCAAAAUACUCAAAGUAUUUCAAAUCAACUUAACUGUCAACAAGGUGGCACCGACAUGGACAUUGACACAGAUUCGGCAUCAACUUCAGGUUUCAACAGAACAAGUGAUACGAAAGGAAAUUUGAAGUUUAAACAAUAUGGAGGUUUUCAUAAUGUUCAAAUUGUACCAAAUGAAAUAUUUAAUCAGUUUUGCAAUGAUGUAUUUGAAAGAGUAUUUGCAUUUAUGGAAUAUUUGCCUGAAACUGUUAAUACUGGUACAGAGCUUUUAUCUGCGCUAUACCGACAGAAUAAUCAACAAAAUAAACGAGAAUUCAUUAUGAAUCUUGUAAAUGGCGUAACCGAAUGUAUGGAACAAAUAACUAACGUUAUAAAAAACGAAAAAAUAAUGAAUACAUCUGAAUUGGAAAAUAUUUUCUUUGGGGAAAUAUCGACAAAACUUUUAAUACGCCUUAAAGUCUCAACAAUACUGUUAGAUGAAAAUUAUAGUGAUAUUAGGAAGGAGUUUUGUGCUAUAGUCUCUCAUGAAAAAUUUAUGCAUAUUAUAGUCAAUCUACUCUAUGAGACUGAAGCUUUAUUGAAUGAACAGACAUUAAUAGGUGUUAAGCCCCAAGCUCCUCAAUGGUUGCAGAACUUCAUAGAAUUCGUUGACGCAAUUGAUAACGUUUGCAUAAUAUUGCAACGAAGGGAAAAUAUGCGAGCCGUAUGCACAGAUAAAUGGAGGUGGUAUGAUGUUUCGACGGGAAAAUGGAACUCAUAUACAGAAACGAAUAAUAAUUUACUUAAAAAUGCGUUUGCAAUGGGUGAAAAGUCUCAAGUGAUUCAUAUAGGACGUCAGCGAUAUACUGUUAAUUUUAAUUAUAUGACCCAAGUGAGCGAAGCUUCAGGAAGCCAUCGCUCAGUGUUACCAGACUUAAAAAUAUCGGAAGCUAUAAGCUCACUCAAAAAUGGAAAUACCAAUAUCAAAACAGAUAGUAUUCUUACUCGCAGUGUAAGAUCAAAACCUUGUGGUGAAGGUGUAAUUUAUAAAGAUGAACUGAUUUGCCUUCGUUCAUUAACCGGUUUAUCGCAGGCUAAGAAAGAUUGUGAUAAUGAGGAAAACAUUGUUCAGACUAAUGAAAAGGAUUCGACUUGCGCGACGCAAUUACAAGAAUGUACUCCAUUAGGACAAAAGAAAAUGAAGGUUAAAAACACUACAAAAUCAACCACAAAAAAAGGAACAUCUGGGUUUUCCAAACAUAACAAAAAGAUUAUUCUCCACGAAGAAAAGGUUGGAUUAUCCCGCGAAAAUUGUAUUGAUAUCAUUGCCUGUCUUGUUCACUUAUUAAGACCUGAAUUUUUGGUAGAUUUCGAAACAAAGAUUUCCAUUAUGAAACUUUGUGCUCGCUUAACUAAGGAUUAUGAGAAUGCAAAGGCCUUCUAUAAAAAUGGUGGAAUAUCACUAUUACUUAAGAUGCGUCAAGCAUGUGGAAUGAUGGAGUUUCCCACUUAUGCUAUCGUUAUAAUACGACAUGUUCUCGAAGCUCCCUCAAUUUUACAGGAUUCCAUUGAAAGAAUUUUGACUAUACGUUCUUCGCCAACUGUACCAGUUGGACAUCGCGAUCUGGUAUAUUUUUUGACGCAAGUAUCAUCUGCGGUAGCAAGACAUCCGAAGAUAUUUCUUUUGGCGGCAAAACAGUCGUUACAAGCUGAUAAUGCUUUGAGUUCGAAUUUUCCUAUAGAUGAUUCAAGAUUCCUUAUAAAGUGUCAAACUCAAAAUAAACCCAGUGACACCAUCACUAAUAAUGCUUUGAAAAUUGAUGAAGCCUCAGAAGAAACAGUAAAAGAUAUAUUGAGAGCUAUAAUUCAACCUUGUGAACAUUAUGGCGGAUUGUCCACAACAGAUGAUUGUGAUGAUAGUAUCACAGGGAUGGGGGAGACUUCACAUAUUCAAUUAGAUAAUUCUCAACCUAAAAUAUCUUCGGCUAAAAAACACACAGAAAAUAUUGAUGUAAAUCCUUGCUGCUGCAGUUGGCAUAUACCAUCUACAAGUCAUACGCACCAAAAGCCAAUAUUGCCGCGUUCGACUUUAUUAAAAAUAUUAGCAGAUGCAGUUAGAUCCUACCAGUGUCUAGUGCCGAAAAUUAUUAUCGAAUACGUAUAUAUGCCGUCCGACAGCCCACUAAUUAAAAAACCACAGACAUGCAUCUCAUUUAUUCUAGAUCAUUUUCUACCAAUAACUAAGCGCCAACAAGAUCCAGAAGUGAGUAUGAUGUCAAGAGUUCUACUUUCUUCUUUGUCAGAUUGCGUUAGUCAGCCAACAGUUCAAUCGAAAUUGGUUGAAGAACUUCAUGAAGCGAUUGUGCGAACACUAACUGAACCUAGCUACACAGAAAAACAUGUUCGUUUGCAAGUUCUUAUUGGUUUGAUUCCCAUAAUGAUUGAAAGUCCAAUGCUGUCAAGUAAAGUGCAUUUACAACGUAAUAAUAUGUAUAGAAUUUUGCUGAAGCAAGGAAUAAUGACUGAUUUGGCAAAAUUAGCGCAAUAUAAAGAUUUGUCUAAUUCUAACACUCUAACUACAGUACAUUCAACUUUACGUCCAAUGGAAAUUUUAUUGAGACUUACUAUUACACCUGGUACUCUAUCUUCUAGAAAAAUAUUUUUUGGUACUCCACCAAAUGGCAACAAUGCUAUUAUGAAUCGCCGUUUAUAUCCAAGGAUAACAUCACGUAUCUCUAAUGAAAACUCGGGAUCUGUAGGUAGUGAACAUGUGCUUCGUGAUAUUAUUCGGAACGUUUUAUCUGAUCGUAGACAGGCAUUCGAUUUUAUUUUGAAUGGCGAAGAUAUAUUCUUAGAUUCAGAAGAACCAACCAACUCCAUGUCGACCAGUAAUGAAGACACUGCAGAAAAUGUACGAGAAUCACAACUUUUAGCUUCAACAAAUUUGCGACCUCAAAUUAAUUUUGAUCAACUAUGGGAUGAUCUAUUGCAAAAUGGACAUGUAGCAUUUUUAGGCAGAAGUUCUGAUUCUAAUAAUGGCCCUGUAGAUGGAAAUAGAAUGGACACAAGAAAUAACCGAUCAGAUGGCAAUCAAGUUGCAAAUACAGAAAAUGGAGGAAAUGGUGGUAGUGAUGGCGCAUCAACUUCAUCUGAACUUGUUGCAACUGUUGUAGAUAACUCCACUAAUCUGGGAGAUGUUAGUACAAGUGAAUCUGAAUCUGACUCAAACGCUUCUACAGAAAAUGAACGAAAUGACGAUGAUGAAGAUGAUGACGAAGAUGAGGAUGGUAAUGAAGAAGACGUUGAAGAUCAUAGCGAAACAGAUGCCGAUGAAGAAACCCGCCAGUUUAUUGAAGUUUUCGAUCAUAUUUAUGAGCCCGAAUCCUCAGAAACCGCGUCAAAUGAUGCCGAUGAUGAGGCUUCAGAAGUAAGUGGUAGGAGCGGCGAACAAGUGGUCAACGGAUCUGACGCUGAUGAUGAAGUUUCAGAAGUUAGCGCAAGAAUUAGUGAGCAAGUAACUAGUGCUGACAGUAAUCUUAAUACCGAAAAUAGAAUGAUGAAUUCCCCCGAAAUUCGGGGAGCUCGUUUGGAAAAUCAAAAUGAUAUUUUGUUAUUAUCUGAUCAGGAUAAUGUACAAGCGUCCUCAAAUGUGGUUAGUAAUAUGGUUGACCAAUCUUUUGCAGAUAAUAAUCUGACCAAUGCAGAAGAAAGCUCAGUGAGAACAAAUCCUUCAUCUGUUUGGGUAGCACCGAGGCUCGGUCCAACUAGGGCAGAUUUAAAUUUUGUUACAAAUACUGAAUUAGAAAGUGCUUCAACAACCAAUCAUGAGCGGAGUCAAAAUAAUACCAGCACAGUAUACGUUGGAUCAACAAAUAGCCAAACUACACCAAUAGGAAGUUUGAUUCAAAGGCGUGAAUCUACUAGACGUUUAAUUUUGCUUGAUCAACAGUAUUGCACUUUAAUGCCAUCAUUUAAUAAUCCGACCGAAGAGGGGCAACUUGAUAUAUUUAAUCAAGAUAGUUUACAUUGGUGGCUUGAGGAAGCUAAGCAUUUGGACUUGGAGUCACAAACAGAUGCUUGUUUAUAUAUUGCCCAUCUUCUAAUUCCGUUUUUAAUAAGAGCAUUCAAAGACAAUCAAAAGGCCAAAUCUAUAGAUCAACCAAUAUCCACUACCACUUACAAUUCUCCUAAUCGCCGCAGUGCUAUACCUGUAUUCAUUCAACAGACAACUAAUUUAAAUAGUGCAUCUGAAAAUAUCUCGUCGGCUAAUGGAAAUAUAACAGAAAGAAAUGAAAAUACUGCUUUAUCUACUGACAUACAGGAACAGCAGGAUCAAAUAUCAAAUGAUGGUGCCGGUGAAGUGGAAUAUUCGAGUGAAGAAGAAAACCCAACAAUACUGGUAACGAAUGAGGGUGAAACUCUUGAGAAUGUUGAAGAUGAUUUCGAGGAUGAACAGGAUGAAAGCAGUUCAAAUACUAACCCAACAAAUUUGGGAGAAGAAAUGAACACGGCUUUUGAUAUACCGCCAGGCUUUGAAAUGCGCACAGUGUUGGAGCCAUCAAAUAGCGAAAACGUGGAUAAUAUAAUGACUCAAGCAUCACAACAUUUUACAACAAAUAGGCCAGAAGAUGUAACAACUGAAAAUAUUGAAGAAGAAGAUAUUACGCUAGUGAGUGCCGUAAAUCAAGAACUUUCUGUGCAAGCGGUUCAAGACCAUCGGUCGGAUGAUAUUGAAGCUGUUUCAGAGGCUGCACCUUCUGGAAUGAAUGCUGAAGUUCGAGCUGCGUUGGGAGAUCUACAAGUUCCGGAGGGUGUGGAUCCAUCAUUUUUAGCUGCAUUGCCCGCUGAAAUGCGUGAGGAAGUUAUAAAUGAGCACUUAAGAAUGCAACGCAUACGCCAACGAGCACAACAAAAUGCAAUUCAAGUCGCACAUGAUUCUUUAAUAGAAGUUAAUCCAGAAUUUUUGGCUGCGUUACCACCAAAUAUUCAGACUGAGGUUUUAAUGCAACAGAGAAUUGAACAACAACGCCAGGCUGCUUCGGCAGCCAAUCCCGAUGAUCCCGUUGAUACAGCGGCUUUUUUCCAAAAUUUACCUGAGUCAUUACGUCGAGCAAUUCUUACUGAUAUGGAAGAAUCACAAAUUGCAAGUUUACCUCCAGAUUUGGCUGCUGAAGCUCAAUAUCUGCGGCGCGAUUGGGAGAGUCGAAACGGUCCAAAUAUAGAUACGCCACAUGUACUUCGACGGUUUCCAUCCUCUUUACAAAAUCUAACUGAUGACUCGAGAUGGCAUUCGAACUAUGAUACAAUAUGGUAUGAAGCAGACCGCACUCAGCAAUCUCAGCAUCACCAGCAUACAACAAUUGUACAUCAGCAUCAGCAACAAAUUCAUGGCAAGCCUAUAGCACUACUCUUCAUGGAGGAUGAUAAUAAUUUGCUUGAUCCAGAUUGUUUAGCAACAAUUCUUCUAUUUUUAUUUACAGAAGACACUAAAAUUAAUUACACUCGUUUUCAUCGCGUUAUACGCAAUUUGUGCUAUCAUGCUCCGACGAGAUCCUGGAUUAUACAGUCUUUAAUAAGCAUUAUACAAAAAACCAAUGAAGACAAAACGAACGAAUCAGAUGGACUAAUUGUUAAACCCAACUGGCUUAAACUGCGCAUAGAUGCAGCUUUUGGUUACAAAUCGAAUGUUUUUAUUAUUAAUGAAAUAACACAGAAAAAUAUUGAGAGCAAUUCAACUACAAAAUAUAAUAUUAGCAUAAAUCCACAAGCAGCUCAAAUGGUUGUUAAAAACUGCUUAGAUUUACUUUUUGUUUUAGCAAGGCAUUUUCCACGCAGUUUUGUUCCAUUUAAACACGAUCAAAAGAGAAAAACUGAUCCAGCUACUGAAUCGAAAGAAAAUAACAGAAAUAUGAAUAUAUCUACUGGAAAUACUUCAGAAGUGAACCGGGAGGCUCUCAUAAUAGAAUCAAAUAUGCAGCGCAAUAGUGCUUUGAACAUUACUAAACCAUCUCAUAAGGUUUCAGAUUUGAAAUUAGAUGAAGGCCCAUCAACAUCAAAAGCCGCAGCAAAUCGUGGACACAAAAAUAAUAUAUAUGGUGUGAAAAGCAAGCAACUUAAAAAGACUACAUAUAACACAAACACCAAACAAUUUUGGGAUGUUCUUUUAAAAAUCGAUUUGCUUACACCACAAAGACUUACGAAUAUGCAAGAUUUUCCACUUACUUCUUAUCCACGGUGGGAGUGGGAGGAGCCGAAUGUCGAAUUUCAAUCAUUUAAUGACACUCCAUUCUCGAAAUUACUUGAAAUGUUACCUUACAAAGUUAUUUGUCGAUCUCCGCAACUUACAGAUAUGCUUGUUAAAUUAUUAGCUAGUCUUAGUGGGGAACUCCCUAAAGAGAGUGAUUUGGACGACAGCAAGUUAGGUAAUAAACCUUCUGAUAUGGAAGAAAAGGGUAAAAGUACUGCAACUAAUGUUGAGUUAAAACAUAGAGAUGAAUCAUCUACUGACGCUGAAACUAAGUUAUACACUACCGGUUAUCGUUCAAAAAGUAAACUGUAUUCAAAAAAUUUUUCACAACUGCAGUUAGUUACUGAAGUACUAACUCAUCAAUGCGGCACCGUCGAUGGGCUUGAUAAUAUUUCAAAACUAAUUGUUAAUUUGAGCCAAUGUUCUCACGCUUCUAAUGCAAUAUUUUUGGAGUAUUUAUCCUCAGCAGUAUUUGGAUUGGCAAAAGAAGUUCGUUUAGCCAUACAAAAUUUACUCGAAGAAAUUCGCUCCUACAAAGUUCAAAAUAAGGUCGAUAAUGAAACAAAAUGUGAAACAGCAAUUCAAAAUAAAGUUGUACUGGAGGGAAUAAUGCAAGACCGGUUUACAUCAGAAAACGUAAUUAUUUCGGCACCUAGCAAUUUUAAGCCUUCAUGUGAAUUGCAACUACCGUCUAUCAAAAAAUUGCUUUCACCUUCAUCAGCUCAAUUGUAUUUUUUGAAAACUCUUAAGAUAUUCAUACAAGUUCGUGAGAUUUUCUACUCAGAAGAUCCUGUAGGUAUGAAUCCAGCGAAUAAAAAGCCGACUCUAAGUCAGAUAAUAUCUCUGCAAGAUCUUUGGAACACAUUAAGUGAAUGUUUAGUAGCUUUAGAAGAGUCAAAAGACGAGUAUGCGGUUCUUGUAUUGCAACCCACUGUGGAAGCAUUUUUCCUAAUACAUGCCACUAACAAAAAAAAUGAGAAAAAAAACACUUCCAACCUGGAAACCCAAAAUUCUACCUUAGAAGUAAUAGAAGAAGCAAAUAGCAACCAGGCUGUUUUAGCUUCAGACAGCACUGAUAAAGCAGAUUCAACAGACAUACAAGAUUCAAUUGGUUCGUUCGAGUUCUUAGAUAAUAUACGAAAGUCUUGCAUACGCACAAACUCAUUGGAAGUUCAGCAACGACUAGACAAGGAAAAUUUUUUGAUUUUUGCAGAAAAACAUCGAACUGUGCUAAAUCAAAUUCUUCGUCAAUCUCCGAUUCAUUUAUCGGAUGGACCUUUUGCUGUUUUAGUCGAUCAUACACGUAUACUUGAUUUUGAUGUGAAAAGGAAAUUUUUUCAAACUGAGCUUGAACGCAUCGAUGAAGGUGUACGUCGCGAAGAGAACACCGUUAGCGUACGUCGAGUUACAGUAUUUGAAGAUUCAUUCCGGGUAUUAUAUCGUUUAGGACCAGAAGAAUGGAAAAAUCGUUUUUACAUAGUAUUCGAAGAUGAAGAAGGUCAGGAUGCUGGCGGUCUUCUAAGGGAAUGGUACGUUAUAAUUUCAAGAGAAAUCUUCAACCCCAUGUAUGCUUUAUUUUGUGUUUCGCCGGGAGACAGAGUUACUUAUAUGAUAAAUCCGUCGAGUCAUGCUAAUCCAAACCAUUUGAGUUACUUCAAAUUUGUCGGACGUGUAAUAGCAAAGGCAAUACAUGAUAAUAAGUUACUAGAGUGCUACUUUACUCGAUCAUUUUAUAAACACAUCCUCGGAAAACAAGUGAAAUAUACUGACAUGGAGUCGCAAGAUUAUGAAUUUUAUAAGGGCUUGGAUUAUCUUAUGAAGAAUGAUAUUUCAACUUUGGGCUAUGAACUUACAUUUUCUACAGAGAUACAAGAGUUUGGUGUCACCCAAGUCCGGGAUCUUAUUCCAAAUGGACGUAAUAUCGCUGUGACUGAAGAAAACAAAUUCGAUUACGUCCAGUUAGUUUGUCAAUUAAAAAUGAGUGGUUCGAUUCGUCAACAGUUAGAUGCCUUUCUAGAAGGUUUUUACGACAUUAUACCAAAACAUCUAAUUUCAAUAUUUAACGAACAAGAACUUGAAUUACUGAUAUCUGGAUUACCUGACAUUGAUAUUGAGGAUCUGAGAGCAAACACAGAAUACCACAAGUAUACCUCAAAAUCUUUACAGAUACAAUGGUUUUGGAGAGCUUUACGCAGUUUCGACCAAGCUGAUCGAGCUAAAUUUUUACAGUUCGUUACUGGUACAUCAAAAGUUCCUCUCCAAGGAUUCGGAUCUUUAGAGGGAAUGAAUGGUAUUCAAAGGUUCCAAAUACAUCGCGAUGACCGAUCGACAGAUAGAUUACCAUGUGCACAUACUUGCUUUAACCAGUUGGAUUUGCCCAUGUACAAGUCAUAUGAAAAAUUACGAAGCAGCCUGCUUAAAGCCAUUCAUGAGUGCUCGGAGGGAUUUGGCUUUGCAUAAAUAUAAACAAAACUUAACAAAAUUAAAUAAAUAUUUUAAAAUAAUUAUCACAUUUUGUCAAGGAGGUCACAAAUUAGGUAAAUGGUGUAUUGACUUAUAUUUGUGUUGCCUUCAUAUUAUGAUUCCAAAUAAAAAUCAGAUUAGGUGUUUAUAAAAUUGGCCGGCAAAGCGUUA